GGCGACGACACAGUCUGUUCUAACACCAGAAACGUGGCCGCGAGUUGUCAAAACUACCUGGUCGAGACUUUUCUCCCCUCAGCAAAUCAGAUUUGUUUGUCAGACUAUUAUCAAAACCAUAAAAGGAAGAGCAAAAGUAGCCUUGUGUGAAAGGCUACUAACAGCACAGAAACCAACACCAGGGCUACUGGAAACUCUACUCCUCUCUUGGACCGUGCUGUCAGCAUGACUGAAAAGCCUUCACUAGACAGCAACGAGGACAGGGCCUGGCUGGGUGAGGGUCAGUCUGAAACUCAGCUUGCAAGUGUUCCCGAUGGAGUUGAGACAAACGAUGGAGACCGGCCAGCAUGGGACUCUAAGAUCCAGUAUGUGUUGGCCCAGGUGGGGUUCAGUGUGGGCUUAGGGAAUGUAUGGAGGUUCCCAUAUCUUUGCCACCAAAAUGGAGGAGGGGCCUUCAUGCUGCUGUAUGUUUUUCUUCUACUGAUUGUGGGAGUUCCACUGUUUUUUAUGGAGCUGGCAGCUGGCCAGAGCAUUCGCCAGGGGAGCAUCGGUGUGUGGAAACACAUCUCCCCAAAACUGGCAGGGAUUGGCUACUCCAGCUGCAUGGUCUGUUUUUACGUGGGUCUUUACUACAAUGUUAUCAUUGCAUGGAGCCUGUUCUACAUGGGUAAUUCUUUCCAGUAUCCUCUGCCAUGGGAGCAGUGUCCAAUCGAUGUAACUACUAAUAACACAGUGAGGGAAUGUGCAAGUAGCUCCCCGACGUCAUAUUUCUGGUUUCGGAAAGCGUUAAACAUCACGAAUUCCAUCGAAGAAUCCGGAGAGUUUAACCCCAUCAUGACGGGCUGUUUAUUGGCCGCUUGGGCAAUUGUCUCAUUGGCUAUGAUCAAGGGCAUCAAGUCUUCUGCAAAGGUGAUGUACUUUUCCUCAGUCUUUCCCUAUGUGGUGCUCUUUAUUUUCCUCAUCAGAGGGUCGAUGUUGGACGGUGCAAUGGAAGGAAUCACCUAUAUGUUUUAUCCUAGACUGGAAAUUUGGGGUAAUGUGCAGGUGUGGCGACAGGCUGCCACGCAAGUCUUUUUUGCCCUCGGUCUGGGCUAUGGCUCUGUUAUCGCAUAUUCCUCCUACAAUCCAGUCCACAACAACUGCCACAGGGACGCGCUGAUGGUCUCUGGCAUCAACUUCAUGACGUCUGUGCUGGCCUCGCUGGUAGUUUUUGUAGUGCUGGGUUUCCGUGCCAAGAACAUUGCACUACGCUGCGUGGCUAAAAAUCUUGGUCUGCUAAGCUCCAUGACAUCCCAUGGAUCUAACCAGCACUGGUGGCCUUGGUUCAACAUCACUGAUCCAAGCUCUGUGUCUUUAGGUGAAUACAGAGAGUGGUACAGUCACUACAGCUCCAUAGUUGGGCCUAACAUCACUGACUGCAGUCUGGAGGAGGAGAUGAAUAAGGGUGUUGAAGGGACAGGCCUGGCGUUCAUAGCAUUCACUGAGGUGAUGGCCCUCUUCCCAGCCAGCCCCUUCUGGUCCACACUGUUUUUCCUAAUGCUGCUCAACCUGGGCCUCAGCACCAUGUUUGGGACCAUGCAGGGGAUCCUCACACCUCUUAUGGACAAUUUUAGCCUCUUGGGGCGCCACCGCACUAUACUCACUGUGUCCAGCUGUGCUUUAGGGUUCUUGAUAGGACUAUUGUUUACCCAGCGCUCUGGUAACUACUUUGUGACUAUGUUUGAUGACUACUCAGCAACCCUCCCAUUAAUCAUCGUAGUCAUUUUUGAAACCUUCAGUGUGGCGUGGGUUUAUGGAACUGAUCGCUUCCUAGAUGAUAUUGAAGUCAUGCUCAAAUGGCGCCCCCCAGUGGUGUACAAAUAUCUUUGGAAAUAUGUUUGCUUACUGGCGAUGGUUAGUCUUCUGGCUGCCAGUUUGCUGCGCAUGGUCCUCAAAGGGCCCACAUACACCGCCUGGAAUCAAAACACAGCUUCUGAGAUGACCCUUGAGUACCCUGGCUGGGCCCUGGCUAUGAUUGUUAUGCUCAUAGUCUUUGCUACCUUACCUGUGCCUGUUGGCUACAUCCAUUCCACGUUGAAAAACCGCAUGGUCCGUAACAGUGGCUCUGAAGAGGGAGGCAGUCCGGAGGUGCACCGCGAGUUGUACACUAAGUGUAACUCCACUGAGCAGCUGGAUUCCAACUCCCGCCACCGAGUCCCCUCUGAAGAAGACGAGGCUCGUCCCAGGACUGCCUUUCUGCCAAUCGGCAAUGAACACUAUCGGCUCCUGCCCCAGCAGGAGGAGGAAGAAGAGGAGCAAGAUACAGGGGUGUGAGCACAGCUGUGGGAGGGUAGUUGUUUGUGAAAGGACAACAUUUUGAACCUCUGAGAGUGUACAAGCAAGAACCUGCCGGAGAAAGAUGGCAAAGUGAAGGGAGGACAGUCAGACAGAAUUAUACUUUCAGAGGAAGAGUCUUUGGGAUGUACUCUAUCAUCAUAUUCAAACAAGCGCUACAUUGCUGACAAACCAAAGUUAUUUUAACUAUUCAUAUUAGUGAAAGUACACCACCACCUCAGCUCCUUCUUGUGCAUCCCUUCAUUCAUUUUCUGAACCACUUGUGCUGUUCAGAAAAUAAAAACACUCGCAAAUACAUGAAAAACAAAAGA